GCCUAUGAUCUAAGGAUAUACACUGCCGGAUGUGUUACGAAUUAUCCGGUGAUUCGCUGUGUUCUCUCUUUCCGGUCUUCUCAAUUUCGGAAAAUUGAAAGCUUCACUUACUAAAAACUCUGACCCACUUCACACACACACACACAACAUACAAGAUGAUUGUUCAUGGAGGUUUGUUGAAUCCAUUGUUUCAAGCUCCUUCAAUGUCCGAUUCGAUGUCGAUUGCAAUUACUUCAACGAACUAUAUCGUUUCACCAUCUUACCAUCGACAGCGACCUCCGUUUUGCUGUCAGUUCCAUUACCAGUACGUCAAUGCCGGAAAUGUAUUUUAUCAUAGCAAAAAGGGCACGCGAGAUCGUGUCAGUUUGUUGAAUCGAGUUCGAGCUUACUCCGAAUCUAAGACAGAAGAAAAGGAAGUAAGAAAGUAUUCACCUAUCCUCGAGAGUCAGUUGCUAUCAGAGAAGAAUGUAUCAACAGCAGAAUUGAAGGCAAUUCCUGAUAUUUGGAGAUCUUCAGCAGAAAGAUUUGGUGAUCGGGUUGCAUUGGUGGAUCCACAUCAUGACCCUCCUACAAAUAUGACAUACAACCAGCUAGAGGAGAAUAUAUUGAAUUUCUGUGAAGGUUUAAGAGUUAUUGGAAUCAAACCAUGUGAAAAAGUUGCACUCUUUGCUGACAAUUCAUGCAGAUGGCUUGUUGCUGAUCAAGGUAUUAUGGCUACAGGAGCAAUAAACGUUGUGAGGGGAUCCAGGUCAUCUGUAGAAGAGCUCUUACACAUCUACACUCAUUCUGAAAGUGUUGCACUUGUUGUGGAUAAUCCUGAAUUAUAUCAGCGGAUUGCAACGGGAUUUAAUUCAAAGGCAUCUGUUAGAUUUGUGAUUUUACUUUGGGGGGGAUAA